AUGGAGCGACGCAAAGGUCUCCGAUCUGCUCCCUUCUCGUCGUCUGCCUCCGCGCCUCUUGCACCUCUCUCGUCUGAGCUUUCUUCACCCUCGCCGUCCCCCUCGCCGUCGCACUCUCAAUCCCUUCCAUCUUCUUCUGUCUCUGGUCACGCUUCCUCUCUUCCUUCUUCUUCUCUUCCUCUUCUUUUUUCUUCUUCUCCCUCGUUUUCUUCUUUGACUUCGGCGGAGCUCGACCCGCACACGAGAGCGAACGGUGCUCCACGGUGUGGUCGGAGCUCAGCCAGGAUGUCUCGCCGCGACUCGAAAGCCGUUACCUCUCUUUCCUCGUACACAUCAAUCUCCUCGCCUGCGGCAUCGUCCCCCUCUCUUUCUUUGCGCGCGUCGCCCGCGCUCUCUUCUCCGUUGUUCCAUCGCGUUUGCGCGCGCGCUCCUUCCGCCUUCUCCCCUGCGUGCCGCACAGCCGGUCUGCUUCUUCUCUUCGCUCUGUUGCUCGCUGCCGCCUCCCCUCUGUCUCCUGCUUUCUCGCAUGCGUCGUCGUCUUCCGCUUCGCUCUGCAGCUCUCGACUCUUUGUCUUCGCAGAGGCGUCUGCCUACCGCUUCGACAGCCUCGAAAUCGCGCACCGUGUUCCAGAUCUGCUGCACCCGCUGCCCUUCCCGGUGGAUGCCACGGCCUGCAGUCUGAAGACGCUGAGAAUCCAGGGCGAGAAAAUCCGAGAGACAAGCUUGAAAAAGCGCACGCAGUGGCGACGAGGCGAAGAAUCCAACGAAGUCUUGGAGGCGGCGAUGAAGAGUGGCGUCGUCAUUCACAAGCUCGAGCGGCGCCUUGACAUGCGGCGGCAAGUCAAGGUGUCGGUCAAGGCGACCUUCGCGAACCACGGGCGAGAAACAGUGAAGGACUUGUUUAUUCUUCUCCCUUUCCACGAGGCUGUUCAGGUCGGUUGGCUGUCGGCGACGCAGGGCGGGAAGGCGGUCGCGGUCGAGGCGGUCUCCUCGCUUCCGCGGAUCUCCGCGUUUUCGCCGAGCUCGCCCUCUUCGCUCUCGAAGAGUCCGCUGGUCGUGGAGGAGAUCGACGAGGCCCUGGUGCGGGCGGCCGGGCUUGCGCCGGCAGCCGCGACCCCAGAAGAGGACGCCGACGAGGCGGCUUGCGGCGUGUUUGUGCUCAAGCUGAAGCUGCGAAGGCGCCUGGAGCCGGAGAGCAAAACAACCGUGGACAUUACUUAUUUCCUGGGACGCGCCUACCGGCCGACGCCGCGCGCCGCGCCUCCAACUGCAGUCCAGUCGGUUCUCUUCGCCGCGACCGCGGCUUGGCCCGCGCCCUAUCCUGCGCCGCGCGGCAGCUCGACGGCCGUCGCGCUGGCGCCCAACCUCUCGUUCGGCGCAGCCGGCGCGGCGCGGCUCGUCAAGAAGUACGGCUUCAAGCAGCAGUCUCCGCCGCAGGGCCCAUGGGUCGUCUCGUCCGCGGAGCCUGUGCUGCCUUUCGAGGUUGGCCGGCCGUUCAUCCUCCACAUGCCGCUGCCGCUGCAUCUCGGCUAUUUCCUCUCCGCGGAGCGCUACAUCGAGGUCUCGCACUUUGGCAACGUUUUCGUUCACGAGUGGUACCGGCUGCACAACGAUGCUGCACAACCCGAGGGCGGCUACGACGCCGCCGCAGUCGCAGGGCUGCAUGGCGUGCAGGCUGGUGCGCCGCGGUUUUCGCGCUUUAUGCGGCGCGAGGGUCAGCCGGAGCCUCCGCCGCCUCCGCAGACGCACCUGCUCACGCACCUCGUCGCGGCGCUUCCGAAGCGCGCCUUCUCCCUGGAAAUUUUUGACCAAAUCGGCAACGUGUCUUCCACGCGCGCCGCGCGCAUCGGCCCUGAGGCGAACCCGACUUACACCGAGCUGGAGGUCUACCCUCGCUUUCCUCUGCUCGGGGGCUGGAAUACCGACUUCCAGUUGCAGUACAAUCUCCCUGCGCGAACGGUUGUGUCCAAGCACGUCGACGCGCACCGCUACACGCUCAACGUGACUCUGUCGCCGCCGUUUCGAGACAUCUACACCGAGGACCUUUUCCUCAGCGUGGCGCUCCCGUCAGGCGCGCAUAACAUCAACGUGACGUCGCCGCGGGCGGUCGAGUGGGAGAAGACUGAGACGCUUCACUCAUGGCUGGAUAUCGUCACGUCGCGGCCGCUGGUGAAGCUAUACUUUCCUUCGACAUUCGUGCCUGACCGCUACAUCCUCCAGCACAAAGUGCAAAUCGCCUACGACUACCCGCCCUUCCUCGCUGUCGAGAUCUUCAAACAGCUCCAGCUCUGCGUCCUCAUUUUCCUCGUCUUCCUCGCUGUCAUCUUUCUCCAGCGCAUGCGCUUCCACAUCGCGUCUCCCAAGGAAGCGAAGGAGCUGGAGACGGAGGAGACCGCUCUGUCGAUCGCCGACCACUUGCUCGAGGUUUUCGAGGAACUCUCGCAGAGCUCAGACGAUUUGAUUGAGGCCACGAGGCGCCUCGCUUCGUCGAACGACUCCGAUGGAGAGAAGAAGCAUCUCAGCCUCCUCUCAGAGUGGAAGGCGAGCCUGCACGCGGCCUCGAGAGCCCUGGAAGAUAAUUUGGGCCUCCUGACCAAAGAGGCCCAAGAAAACUACUUCCCUGGCUUGAGGAGGAGCUUCCAGCUGUACGGACACCACGUCGAAGGCCUAGCCACCUGCCUCAUGGAGUGCGAAGGACAGUCGACGCGCGCAGCGGAAGUUGCGCAGGCUCGAGCGGAUUUGGCCGCGACGGAGCUUUUGAAGCAUAUCCAGCAACCCGAGGGAGGCAUCAAGAAACGUGCCGAGAGGGAAGAUUCUGCGCGACAGGAGAGCGCCGAAAAGAAGACUAACUAG